GCGAGCGGGGGUCGCCAUGGCCGCCCCCACACCCCUGCACACGGAGGGGCGGCGGGGAGCCCCCCCGGCCGCUCCCGCACCGCCGCCCCCGGUGUUAUCCCCGCUAUUAUCCCCACUGGUUAUCCCCGGUUUUUUAUCCUUAUCCCCGUUUCCAUCCCCGUUAUUCCCACCCGCCGCCCCCUUCUCCUCCUCCUCCUCCCCGGUCGCGCCCUGCCCCAGCGAGGGGGGCACGGAGCCUUCUUUGGGACGCGGUGUCCUAUUUGGUGUGGGUGGAUGGCUUAACUUGGACAUCUGAUGAACCUUUUGGAGCUUGUUACCAGAGAGCAUUCUCCUCUCUUCACUGAAACAUGCACUGCCCAGCUGGGAAACAUCGCCACAUUUAUUUUUGCUAACAGGAAACACUUCUAAAUAUCGUUCUGUCUUUCUCCUACAAGAGUUCACGCCAGUGCUGUCGGAAGGUCACGGAACAGGGCACUACCUGUGCUGCCCUGGGGCUGUUGAUGUCCUCAGCUGUUGUAGGAGAAACACUAGACCUGGAACCCAGUCUGUUACUGGACCUGUGGAAGAGGAAGCAUAAAGAUUUCCAGAUGAAUAACCGAAAGGAAGACAUGGAGAUUGCUUCCCACUACCGUCACCUGCUGCGGGAGCUGAACGAGCAGCGGCAGCACGGCAUCCUCUGCGAUGUCUGCAUCAUCGUGGAGGGCAAGAUCUUCAAGGCUCACAAAAACGUCCUCCUGGGCAGCAGCCGCUACUUCAAGACUCUCUACUGCCAGGUGCAGAAAACCUCGGACCAGGCCACGGUCACCCACCUGGACAUCGUCACCGCGCAGGGCUUCAAGGCGAUCAUCGACUUCAUGUACUCGGCGCACCUGGCGCUCACCAGCCGGAACGUCAUCGAGGUGAUGUCGGCCGCCAGCUACCUGCAGAUGACGGACAUCGUGCAGGCCUGUCACAACUUCAUCAAGGCGGCCCUGGACAUCAGCAUAAAGUCUGACGCCUCGGAGGACCUCGUUGAUUACGAGCUGGGAGCCCCUUCCAGCAGCAGCACGGACGCGUUGAUUUCGGCGGUGGUGGCUGGCAGGAGCAUAUCCCCGUGGCUGGCCCGGAGAACCAGCCCGGCAAACUCCUCUGGGGACUCGGCUAUUGCCAGCUGCCACGAGGGAGGGAGUAGUUACGGCAAGGAGGAUCAAGAACCAAAAGCGGACAGCCACGAGGACGUUUCGUCCCAGUCUCUCUGGGCCAGUGACAUGGGCUAUGGGUCUUUACGGAUCAAAGAGGAACAGGUUUCACCCUCGCAUUACGGAGGGGGGGAGCUUCACUCUGCCAAGGAUAGUGCAAUACAGAGCGGGUUCUCGGAGCAAGGCGUGGGGGAUGGCUGGCAGCCCACGGGGCGCAGGAAGAACAGGAAGAACAAAGAGACUGUGCGGCACAUCACGCAGCAAGUGGAGGACGACAGCAGGGCAAGCUCCCCGGUGCUGCCUUUCUCACCUGCCUCGGGAUGGCCCUACAGCAGUCGAGACCCAAGUGCUGAUGUGACAGGGACAGAGCCCAGCAGCUCUGACAGCAGGGGGGAGCGGCCGGACCCCUACGCCAACGUGGAGGAGGCUCUCCUGGGCGGGGAAUCCAGCUACAUCCACCAGCCCCUGACCCCGGAGAAGGAGGACGCGCUCCAGGCCGCCACGGUCGCCAACCUGCGCGCGGCUCUCAUGAGUAAGAACAGUUUGCUGUCCCUGAAAGCCGACAUGCUGGGCGAGGACAGCUCCCUGCUCUUCGAGUACCUACCCAAAGGCACCCACUCGCUCUCUCGGCCUGGCACCAACUCGAAUCCUUCAAGGGGCGAAUGUGAUGGCAAAGUGGAAGCACCAUCUCCCCCGCUGCCUUCAGCACACCUUGCCACUCAGAGCCCCCCCGGGAUCUGCUCUUCUGGUGAAAUGUCACCAGAAACUGUGAUAAAAGGAGAGGUGCCUUCCUCAGCCCAGGCCGCUUACGACAGAGUGCUGGCACUUUGGCAGUUUGAUAACUCUGACUCGGACACGAGUUUCUCCAGGCCCGAAGACGCAGACAUUGCCACCGAUGGGACGUUCCUGGACUCAGCCCUGGCCAAGAGGCUGACCUGUGGCUUCUGCAGGAGGGUGUUCCAGUGUGCUGAGGAGCUGAAGGAGCACAUCCACAAGCACACCUUCUCCACGCUUCUCCCGCUGGACGUGGUCGACUGCUCCCGGCCCGGCCUCGCCGACGGCGUUCCCGCCGGCCAGCUCGGCCGCUUCCAGUGCUCCAAGUGCCCCGCCAGCUUCACUCUGAAAUCCAACAUGGAUCGCCACGAAAAGACCAUCCACUUCCACUUCAACGAGUUCACAGUCAUCAGGAAGAAAUUCAAGUGCCCCUACUGCAGCUUUUCAGCCAUGCAUCAGUGCAUCCUGAAGAGACACAUGCGAUCCCACACGGGAGAAAGGCCCUACCCCUGCGAGAUCUGUGGGAAGAAGUUCACCCGCCGGGAGCACAUGAAGCGACACACCUUGGUCCACAGCAAAGACAAAAAAUACGUCUGCAAGGUGUGCAACCGGGUGUUCAUGUCGGCGGCCAGCGUGGGCAUCAAGCACGGCUCCCGCCGCCACGGCGUCUGCGCCGACUGCUCCGGCCGCGGCAUCGCCGGCCACCUGGACCACAACGGUGGAGAAGGGUCCCCAGACGAGUGUUACCCCGGGGAAGGGCAGUACAUGGAAGACCCGGAUGACAUCAAAGUGGAAGGUGACGAGGAGAUGGGGGACGACGACGACAUCAAGUGGAAGGACGACGUGGGGAUGUCACAGGAUGAUGUGAUUUUAGAUGACGACAAAGAUGUUGACUCCCCCCAGGAGCCGGACAACUCUGGGGAGAACGACAAGGAUUUUACCUGGAUUUCUUAGGGAUUUUUUUUUUUUUUUUUUGGUUUGGUUUUUUUGUUUCGCUCUGUCGUUUGUAGGGGGAGGGAGGGCGGGGAGGAAGGAGUACGUUGGAAAAACUUAAGUAGCCUUGUUGUCGUCCAUGUGUGCAAAAUAACUCUCGUGUUUUCUAAACAAGUCCUUCUCUGUUCCACUCAGACACUGUCUUAGCAGUGUCGCUUCCAGCGGCACGACUGACUUCG